GCCGUUUCCAACCGUGCCACAAGUUGGGACCACCGUGUUCCACACACGCGCUAGAACCAAACUGCUUUGAUACGUCUGCCACCAUCCGCUCAAGGCUUUGUCUCUCACCUCUCCUUAGUGGCCUUUAAUUUGCUUUCACGUUUACAAUGGUGUCUCGGCCACCUUCACCAACAUUAAGAACAGACUCUCCGCCCUCGGGAGGCGGACAAUUUUCAAUCCCUUUUGAACGAUUUAUCAAAGACGAGGUUUCUGAGUGGGCUGGUGCAUUUACAUUACUUGACACGAUGGAGACCUACUUCGAUUCACGCAUUGACCUCCUCCAAAGAAGUUUGCAGAAACACAGUGAUCGCUUGAAGAUGCGGGCUGAAGAGGCCUUCAAAAUCAGAGCACCAUCUGGUGAUUUACUGGCAGAGAAUUUCGAUCGUGAAGUCAAAAAUUUCAAAGUGAAGGUAUCAACGCGUAUGACUACUUUGGUGACCUCGUGGCAUUCAGCUAAGGUUGUCCGCACACGCGACAAGAUAUCUUUUUUCUUCGGUGUCAUGUCGCUGCUUAUCUCUGCUCUGUUAUUUGGCAUGGCUCCUCAAUGGGUACAUAUAUCGUAUACUAUCCAGGGCUUAUACCUCCUUCCUAUGCGUGCCUACAAGUACAAGAAACGAUCGUGGCAUUACUUCCUCUUUGACCUGUGUUACUAUGUAACAAUUCUUAACUUCAUCUAUAUCUGGUUGUUGCCCUCGUCUCCGGCCCUCUUUGUUGCCUGUUACUGUUUAUCGCAUGGAUCUUUGGCAAGCGCCGUAAUCACCUGGAGAAAUAGUCUUGUGUUCCAUGACUCUGAUAAGGUCACAUCGCUCUUCAUCCACAUAUAUGGGCCUUUCACUUUUACCGUGAUAAGGCAUUUCUAUCCCAAUGCCGAAGUUCGUUUUCCUGCGCUAAUUGAAUUGCCGUUUAUGAGUCCCUCGAAAGCCCUCCUUUUGAGCGGUGCUAUCUACCUUAUCUGGCAACUACUGUACUGGAAGUUUGUUCUCAUAGACCGUCGGACAAAAAUUGAGUCUGGCCAGCGAACUACUUCAUUCUCGUUCCUUUUGAACGAUAAGCGUGGAUCCAUCGGUCGUGUUCUAUCAAAGGUCCCUCCUCAUUACCGCGAGGCAUUUUUUAUGGGCGGGCAAUUGGUGUACUCUGUCUUGACCGAGCUGCCGGCUGUGUAUCUUCUAUACGACAGCCCGUUCUGGAGUGGUACCUUUCUGCUUCUUAUAUUUGCUGUGAGCGUCUGGAAUGGUGGAGGUUUCUAUAUCGAGGUUUUCGGUCGCAAGUUUGAACGCGAACUGGAGGCUCUUCGUAGGGAACUCGCGGAAGCUUCUGGUCGAUCCGGUCGAUCGAGUCCUACUUUCGUUGGAGGCCCCAGUGAAGACGGUGAAUCUACAGCAGGCUCACCUAUCAUGCACCACAAAUCUCUUUCUACUGGACUACUUCUGGAGUCCUUGCCGCCUAUGGAUACCAGGAAGGAAGAAUGAUGAUAAUGUAAUGUCUGCUCCAAUCCUUGCUGUAUAAGUUCCAUAUUUUGUUCAUGGUGGCUACCUAGAACUAGAUCCUGUAGUCUGCAUACGUUGUUCCCCUUCAUGAUGAUUAUGUUAUUGACGAUCGCUCUGUUGUUUAAUGUUCCAAGUGACGUAUUAGAGAGUUUAUUAUGUUUCCCUCAGUGUACAGGCACUUCGGUGCUUAAUUUUAUUAAUCCAAUAUUUGUAUGUUCUGUUUUUGUUC